UUUGUAAUUUUCAUCUAUCUAUUCAUCCAUCCAUUUACUUAUGUCUUUAUUUAGUGCUUUAGACCCAUCCUUUUCUGAAUAUUUUAAAGGCAUAACAUAAUAUAAAUAGGAUUACAAAGGAGACCAGUUACAUUGAAAUAUUUUUCCAAAAAACAAGUUUAUAGACCCAAGGUUCAGAACUUCCCGAUAGGUAAAUUAGGCUAGUCUCCCUGCCCCUUCCCCCCCUCCCCAGUGUCAGACUACUAGAGUUUCCAGACCACAGCAAGCUAUUGCCACUGCCUCUCAGUUUGGAGAAGGAGAGGGAAAUGCAGAGGGUCUCACUAAGCCUAAUGGUUAUGGGAUAAGCAUCCAAGCAGCCUUGUGUCCAAUUCUGACGUAAUCUUGAAACACAGUUCUGUUCCAUACUUCUUGAUCUUCAGGCCUCUCUCCAAUCCCCAAACCCUCCCUCCCAGACUUGUACUUCUCAAGAGGCAGGGUCUGAAGCUCUGCCAGACUUAGCAGUAGAGAAUACUCCCCUGGGACUUGGGAAAGCUGCUUUGAGGAGCUCAGCCAGACUAAGUGGCUUUUCUCUGAGAGCCUAGGGAUGAAGCUCCCUGAACAAAGUUGCCUCCACUCAUUCAUUGUCCUGAAACCAAAGGUUUCUGAAUAUCAGGUAAGUGCCUCUGAGAAUCCCCAAGACCUUUUUCCCAAGUUUUUUCCCCUACCUGACCACUCCUAGUUCCUGGAGUCCAUCCUCAAAAUAGUAUAUAUCUAAUCUGGACAUGAGUUAUUUGGAUUUUGUCGCUUUUACAUUGUGAAUUCCCUUUAGUCAGGAACUGUUUGCCUUUCUUUGACUCACUGGUAGUUAAUACAAUGUAUUAAAUGUACAUACUAAGCAUUUAAUAAAUGCUUCUUCAUGUGAAUACCAUAAUGGUUCAAGGAGUGCCUAAAAGUAGCAUGCUCUGGGCAUACAUCCAGGCACUCCCCCUCAGCUCCUCUUUGGAACCAUAGUUCCACCCCUGGAUCCCACUACUCCAUCAGACCAAGAACCACUUUGUGGGCUUUAGAACAGGUACCCAAUGAUAGGUCAAAAAGAUGAGGAACCUCCUUUGUUCUCUUAUAAAGGGUGUUCUGGAAAGUAAUCAGAGGACCAGUUACUUAAGGAUGAAGGAGACAGGUGUGGUAGGGACCUCGCGGGUAGAUAAGAUGCCUUCGCCAAAAGCCCUGCCCUGUCAGAAGCCCAGAAUCUUGAGCCCAGCCUGGCGCCUUGCAGAAUCCCCAAACCGCCAACGCCGUCACACGCUCCCAGCCAGUGAAUUCCGAUGUCUUUCACCAGAAGAUGCCAUCGGGGUGUUUGAGAUUGAGCGAGAAGCCUUCAUCUCUGUCUCUGGCAACUGUCCCCUAUACAUAGAUGAGAUCCGACACUUCCUGACCCUGUGCCCAGAGAUGUCCCUGGGCUGGUUUGAGGAAGGUCGGCUUGUAGCCUUCAUCAUUGGUUCCCUCUGGGACCAGGACAGACUGACUCAGGAGUCCUUGACAUUACAUCGGCCUGGGGGCCACACGGCCCACAUUCAUGUGCUUGCAGUACACCGUACUUUCCGCCAGCAAGGGAAAGGCUCCAUCUUGUUGUGGCGCUACCUGCAAUAUCUGUGCUAUCAGUCAUCCGUUCGCCGGGUUGUGCUUAUGUGUGAGGACUUCCUGGUGCCCUUCUAUCAGAAGUGUGGCUUUCAGACAGUCGGUCCGUGUGCGGUCAGUGUAGGAACCCUAUCCUUCACUGAACUCCAGUGCCCAGUGCAAGGUCGCACCUUCUUUCGAAGGAACAGUGGUUGCUAAGUUUUUUCUCCCUUCCCUCCAAUAGCUUCCCCUUCCUUCUGAAGCCUAGAGUCUUUCUGAAUCCUGGUAGGAGUAUACAAAACCCUUUAGUGACUGAGAAGUAAUCUGAUGGGUCACUGCUGCCAUGACCAUGGCUAGGAUUUUAAUAACAGCAAGGCUCAGUCACACGGGUCCCCAUUUCCUAUUCUUCCCUUCUCCCUCUGUCCCUUCCUCUUCAAGUCCCAUCCCAAUUUGGCUGAAAUGUUAAAAGAGACACUAAAAGAAUUCUCAGUUGUCUAGGUAGGGCUUAGAUUUAACAGAGAUGGGACCCUCUCUUCCCCCAAGACAGCGCAGCCCAGGUCCAAAUGAAAGGCCAAUGGGAAUGGUAGCAUAGAAGAGAUAGAUGGGAAGUCCUCUCCAGUAUUUGAAACUCUAUAUUCAAACAGAAUUUUCAUUUAGAAAAUGAGAGUAUUCUGUGUGGGUGUUUCUUCUUCAACCCAGGGCGCAAUCCUCUACCCCUGAGGAUUCCCUCCUUUCUUCUCUGACAGUAGAGACAAUAGCUCUGUUAAAGAAUGUUUUUCUUGGGGCAGCUGGAUGGUACAGUGGAGACAGCCUCCUGAAGUCAGGAGGACCUGAGUUCAAAUCUGAUCUCAGACACUUAAUACUUAGAUAUGUGACACCCUGGGCAAGUCACAGCCUUAUACUCCAAUUGCCUCACCAAAAAGAAAAAGCAAUAGCAUGGGGGAUGGACAGUUGGCCCCCUUAUAUCACCCACUCCUGGAAAUGGAAGAUGUUGGCCCAGCUCAGGCAGCUUUCUGGUCAGGAAGGGAUAACUUUCUUAUGGGCCAGGGCCACUUCUAUAUUCUCCUGCAUCUGUGGGAGUAAGGGCGUGGGAAAAGAACAUUUCUCUUACCUGGAACAGAGCUGGAAGGACGAAUUUAAAAGGACUUCUUUUCUCAUAACUUUCUCUCUUACAAGAUUCCUCACUUGAACUCUACCAUUUUCCCCAAACACAAAACUUUCCAGGUCCUCUUUCUCCCCAAGAACUGCCUCAAUUCCAAAUUCUUCAACCUCUCAAUUUCACUUCUUGACAACAAAUGGCUAAAGCAAUGGCUCUCCAUCCCCAUCCACAUCUACUGUGUUGUAAAGUAAAGCAGUUAAGAAACCCCAUCACUCCCACCCAUGGUUUCAU